GCGGGGGAGGAGGGAGGAUAAUGGGGUGGAUUUGGCCUGGGGUUAGGGGAUUGGGCGGCGGCGGCGCCACAUUGAUUUUUCUGGAUCCUUGAUGGGAGAAAUCUUGUGGGUUUUGAUGAGCAUUGGCGUUUCUGGGUGUAAAGCUGCCAUCUUUUAGAGCAAAGUGGAAGUUGUGCUAGGACUGUUUCCUAGGCCCAGUGAAUUCUGAGAGAGAUGAAGGUGAGGAACUGUAUUGUGAGAGGAAGAAAAGAGUGAAGUGGCAUCAGUUGUGGCCAUAAGGCGUCAAGGACAUGAAGGGUGUUCCAGUGCCACGUGCAAGAGCAUCUCCAAGAAGGCACAUAUGGACACUAGUGGUUCUAAUUUUCAUUGCAAUCACUGGACUAUGGAUUUAUAUGUACCCACCCCAGGAUUAUACCUAUCCUGUUAGGGAUUGGUAUCCUGUCAGGGACUGGUUUCCUGCAGAACCUGCCCGGGAACUGACUGACGAGGAGACCGCCACACGUGUUGUAUUCAGACAGAUCCUCUCAACGCCUCCAUUCCCAUCGAGGAACCCCAAAAUUGCUUUCAUGUUCUUGACUCCUGGCAAUUUGCCAUUUGAGAAACUAUGGGAGUUAUUUUUUAAGGGCCAUGAAGGGAGAUACAAUAUAUAUGUUCAUGCUUCACGUGAGAAACCUGAACAUGUCAGUCCAGUAUUUGUUGGCCGAGACAUACACAGUGAUAAGGUGGGAUGGGGCAUGAUUUCUAUGGUUGAUGCAGAGAGGAGGUUGCUGGCAAAGGCCCUAGAAGAUACAGACAAUCAACAUUUUGUUUUGCUUUCUGACAGUUGUGUUCCUUUACACAAUUUUGACUAUGUGUAUGACUUCCUGAUGGGAUCAAGACACAGUUUUCUUGACUGCUUUGAUGAUCCUGGGCCACAUGGAGUAUUUAGAUAUUCGAAGCAUAUGCUGCCAGAGGUUCGAGAGACUGAAUUUAGGAAGGGCUCACAGUGGUUCUCAAUUAAGAGGCAACAUGCAAUGGUGGUGGUUGCAGAUAGUUUGUAUUACAUGAAAUUCAGACGUUUUUGCAAGCCAGGAAUGGAAGAGGGUCGUAAUUGUUAUGCAGAUGAGCAUUACUUACCAACACUGUUCCAUAUGAUGGAUCCUGCUGGAAUUGCUAAUUGGUCUGUGACUUAUGUUGAUUGGUCUGAGGGAAAGUGGCAUCCCAGGUCUUUCCGAGCUAAGGACGUAACUUAUGAACUCCUGAAGAAUAUGACAUCGGUUGACAUCAGCUACCAUGUGACAAGUGAUGAAAAGAAAGAGCUCUUGCAGAGGCCUUGCUUGUGGAAUGGACUAAAGAGACCAUGUUACUUGUUUGCAAGGAAGUUCUACCCAGAAGCUUCAAACAAUCUAAUGAACUUAUUCUCUAACUACACCAUUUUCUGACCUACACGUAUUGGAAGAAUUCAGUGUUCCAAAAUUCUUUUGUACAUCGAUGGUGAAGCAAAUUUAUUUACACUAAUUGGAUAUAGAAAUAGGGAAAAUAUUGGAUUCUGGAGCAGCAAUUAGGGUAUGUUGCCCAUGGGUAUAAUUUAGGAUUAUAUUGUUUCCAUUUCUUAGUUUUUGAGGAUUCCUUUUUGGCCCUACAAGAUGAUGUUGAUUCUGCCAUUUUUUUGCCAAGUAUCUUUUUUCUCUUAUAGCCUAGAUAUAGAUUUUUGCCACUUAUCUGUGCAUAGAAUACGUGUAAAUGGAAUCAUGUGAAUUCUAUGCACUUUAUUUAUCCUGUAUGGCUGUAUGAUACAGAGGGAUAGCAAAAGCAUUCUGUAAAGCAGAAUUCUGAGCCAUGAGUAAAUGAAAGUGUAUGCUCUAUAAUAUUUUGUCAUCAA